GGCCCAUUAGUCUGGCCCAUUUUGGUUAUGUCGGCGUGAGUUCAUGCCUUCGUCUGAUAUCUCCUCGACGCCGCUUUUCACCGCCUGAGAAGCUACGAAUCAUCGUCGUCGUCAUCGUUGUCGUCUGCGAACGCUGCUACAAUGGCAGAGAAUUCGUCGAGGAAGAACCUUAAACGAUCCUUCUUAGAAGAUGAAGAUUCCGAUAAGCAACCACCAGAAAAGCGAGUACGGUUUCCAAAGGGGAAGAAAUCUAAACCUGAACAAACCUUAGAGGAAGGGGCUGUAGCUCGCCGCCAAGCUCGUGCUGCUGCUUUGGAACGUGCACAGAUUCGCAAUCAGAGUACUGCUGAGCUCUUUAUUGGCGAUGAUAAUGAUGAGGCCGAGGAGACUUAUGAGAAUGACGAGAACCGCACAGAAGAUGGGAUCCAGAUCGAAGCUUUUAGUCUGGACAGGGAGAAGGAAGAAGGAUACUUUGAUGCUGAUGGGAACUUUGUAGAGUAUGUUAGAGAAAAGGAAGUCAAGGAUGCAUGGCUUGACAGUAUUGAAACUAAUCCAAUGUAUAUGGGACGCUCUGCUGCAAAUGAUACUGAGAAGGAUGAAGAUAGUGUGAACGAAAAACCAGUGGAUGAACUUUCUCAAGAAGAUAUUGGAGUCAGAAAGAGGCGUAUUGCUAAUGUCCUUGAACCAGGAGAAACGGUCUUGCGAGCUUUAAGGAGGUUGAAAGGGAACUCGAAUAAUCGCAAGGAGAAGAUGACAUCUGAGACAAAGCUUAUCUUUGAUCAGCUUACUGAGGAUGCGGACAAGCUCAUCCAGAAUGGCGACUACAAUGUUUAUCAUGAGGAGCAAGAAGUUUUUCAACGUGAAGCAGAGGGAUACGAGAGACUAGCUCAAGCGAGAGAAAAUGGGAAUGCUAAUACAGAAUCUUGUGAUAUGUUUGGCGAUGACGAAGAUACUCCAAAUCCUUCCUCCAGUUUACCUUCUGGCUCCAUCUCGGCCACUCAACUUAAUCAUGGUACCACAACUGCUGAAACUGGGGCCUUGGAGCACGGGCAAACAAAUGAUGGAUCUGAUUAUGUCUUUGACGAGUCUUCAGGGUACUACUACAGCAGCAGUCUUGGUUACUAUUAUGACCCAAACACUGGACUAUACUGCUCUGCAACAACCGGCAAAUGGUACAACUACGACGAAGAGACAAAGGAAUAUGAAGAGGUGGCUUCUGACGUGACUUCGGGGGAAGUUUAAAUUCUUCAGUCUGUCUUAACAGUUUUCCCCAGUUAAACAUUUUUCUUUAGUUUGAAAAAUUAGUACAUAAUGAUGACAUGAUUUUGAAUAUAUAUAUAUAUAUAUAUAUGUGUGUGUGUGGGGAUUUUAUUAUUAUUUAUCGUUGAUUUAGUAGUAUUU